AUGCCCCCAACCUGGGCUGAAGCACCUAUGGAACAAAGGAACAAUGUAACUGAAUUUGUCCUUUUGGGGCUCACUCAAAGCAUCCAGGGCCAGAAAAUAUUAUUUGUCGUGUUCUUGUUCAUCUAUAUUGUAACAAUGGUGGGCAACCUACUUAUUGUCCUGACUGUGGUGGCCAGUCCAAUCCUGGAUACCCCUAUGUACUUCUUUCUUGGCUGCUUAUCAUUUAUGGAUGCUAUUUAUUCUACUACAGUCACACCAAAUAUGAUUAUAGACUUACUGUAUGGAAGGAAAACCAUUUCCUUCCAAGCUUGCAUGAUCCAGAUUUUUAUAUGGCACUUUUUUGGUGGUGCUGACAUAUUCCUCCUGGUGGUCAUGGCCUAUGACCGCUACGUGGCCAUCUGCAAACCCUUGCAUUAUUUGACCAUCAUGAAUAAACGAGUAUGUGUUCUGUUGCUGUUGUUGACCUGGAUUGGUGGGUUUUUACAUGGUGUAUUUCAUCCUCUCUUUGUCUACAAUCUCCCCUUCUGUGGCCCCAAUGUCAUUGACCACUUCAUAUGUGACAUGUACCCUUUGUUGAAACUUGCUUGCACUGACUCUCAGGUUACUGCCAUUGCAGUGCUUACCAAUGACGGGGCAAUAUGUGUGAUCAUCUUUUCUCUCUUACUCAUCUCCUAUGGGGUCAUUCUGUGCUCCCUGAAGAAUCUUGGUCAGGAAGGCAGGCACAAAGCCUUAUCCACCUGUGGCUCCCACAUUACUGUGGUUUUCCUCUUCUUUGUGCCCUGUAUUUUUAUGUAUGUGAGACCUCCUUCCACCUUACCCAUUGAUAAAUCCUUGACUGCGUUUUAUACCAUUAUCACCCCUAUGCUGAACCCUCUAAUCUAUACUCUGAGAAAUGGAGAGAUGAAAAAUGCCAUGAAAAAGCUCUGGAUCAGAAAAAGAAAAUGA